CUGAGCGCUUCAGUGAUGGAAGGCAGGGGCGGCAGAGCGCGCGGCGGGCAGUGGAGGAGAGGCGUCGGCGGCGGCGGCGGCGGAGGAGGGGCGCAGGACGCGGGGGUCCCGGGGGAGCGGAGAGGCCGCGGGAGAGGCGGCCAUCACCGGGGGAGAGGGAAAAGAGACCAUUACCGGGGGAGAGGACGAGGAGGAGCUGAGGGACCUGUCAGGUUCUUCUCUAACAGGGACCAAGAGGAACAGGAUGAUAAAGAAAACUUUGAAGAAGAGAUGCCAAACUUUUACUCCAGGAGAAAACUGGAGUCUAACUGGGACCGUUAUGAGGAAACGGAGAAAGAGGAAGCCAAUGAUGAUAUUCCAAUAUCCAGAGGAACAGACUACCAUGUCCUCCUCAGUUCAGCUGGAGACUCCUUCACACAGUUCAGGUUCUCUGAGGAGAAGGACUGGGAGAUGGACUUACUAGUAGUCAAUCAGGUACCUGCUAUGUUUGUGAAUUUGGAAGCUUUAGCCCAGUCUCUUCAGGAACUGCCGCUGCACAAGAGACUCAACCUGGAGGCGGAGCUUACUCAGGUAACAGCCCCUGUGGAACUCCCCUCAGUGGGCACUCUGCACAAAUUAGAUGCUAAAGUUGUAGGUGGGUUUAAGCCUCCUGCAGCUCCUUGUACGGGUCGAGAGCCGGCUUUGGGAGUUCCCUGCCCUGUUAAACCUGUUUCAGGCACCGGCUCUUUCUCCCAGGCCUCCACUGCUGUCAUAGACCCUGAGAAUGAAGAGGAGGAACUGGAUAUUCUUCUAGGUCUGCAGAAACCCGUCACAGAGCUUUCUUUAUCAGAGCCCACAACAUCAAAUACAGCAGAUGAGGAGUCAGCAAGUCCAGAGAAAGCAUCAGCUGUUAAAGAAAAGGAUGAAGAUGUGGUUGACGUUGACGAGGCUGAGAGGAGUCAGCAGACAGCAGAAGAGUUAAAGCCCAAAAGUGACUCAGUAAAGAAGGAGAUAACUGAAGAGGAUCUGGAAGACUGGCUAGACAGCAUGAUCUCCUGAAGCAGCAGAGGUAGUGCUGAAAUGGGAUUGGCAUUCUGGACAGCGACACUAAUAGCUUUAAAGGUGUGCCAAAUCCUGCUGGUAACGGCUCAUCUCUGAGCUGCCAACAACUUUCAACUGUCUGGAUAAACAACACCUAAUGGCCUGCUACUGACUACUGGCUAAAGUUUAUAAUUUUAAACCAACAGGAGGAAAGUGUUCUUUAAAAUGUUUGAACUGUUGUACAGCAUGUUCCAAAACUGCUCCAACACGGAUUAUCAGUGCAGUAAAUGAGGUGGGAUUUAUUGCAUUGCUUACUUUAUUGUUUUUCCCUUUCCCCAAAUAAAAUACAUUUCAAUUCACAA